AGCAGCGGAUGCCAGCAGAAAGCGUCUCCAGAAAAAAACCCAAAACAUAUGUCUCCCUUCAAAAGAAAAAUCUGCUUUUUCACAGCUACAAAGGAUUGAAAACAAAUUUUGUCAUCAAAUGUGGAGCUGUGCCAAAUCACAGGCAGCCAGAAGAAAGCUUUGGCACGGAAAGAGCUUUGAUGGCGAGAGGAAGAAAGAUGAAACAGCUUUGAGUGAGAGAAAGAGCAACGAGAUUGUUCCAGCCCAAAGAGAGAGAAGCUCUGCUGUUCCCUCCCCUGCUCACUCACAGACCUGCUUGCCUGGGAGCCCUGCUGUGAUCUCUGGCCCAUCCAGAAUGUCCCCUCUGUCCCCCAGGGCAGCCUCAGGACGCUGCAGGAAUUGGGCAGCGCAUGGAAAAGGCUCAGCUGGGACAUGGGUGCCUGCAAAGAGCCUGCACAGCCCAAGAAGGGACAAUUUCAGGGAGCUGGGAGGUUCAAGAGGAUUCCCAGCACAGAAGGAGGAAUCUCCCUGCUGCCUGCACGGCCCACCUUGCUGCCCUGCAGGGAGCAGCCCCUGCUCUGUCACUCCUGUGCCCAUGGCUCUCCUGCUUCCCACAUCCCUCCUGGCAGCAGCCAGCAAGGCCAGAGACCAGAGGCUGGAAGGGCUGUGGGGAAAAUCACCCCAAAAUAAGUUAGAGCAACUCAAGAAGAGGAUCCAGGAGCAGAAGAGAAAGCAGCAAGCAGCACCCCGGGAGGAGGAGCGCCUGAUUUUUGUUAAAGACCCCCUGCCAAAGAGAGCCCUGAAAAGAAAGGUUUGCAGAGUGGCCUCUGCUCCUCCUGCUCCAGCUCACAGAGACCAAAGAGAGAGAAGCUCAGCGUGGAGAAUUCAAAGAGAACACCAGAGGCAGCUUUCAGCCAAGUCCUGUGUUCUGGAGAGAGCAGUGGCAGGGAAAGGUGUGAAUCUACCUGGAGUUACAGCAUGGAGAGAAGGUCAGAAGUUGGCCAGAAGGCUGCUGGGUCCAGCCCCUCCCCUUCCACAUUUGAGGAGCAGAACUGCAGAGCAAAGCACAGCAAAGACCUUUGAACCUUUGGAAGGAGGUGGAGGAUUUGGGGCAAUGCCAGUGAUGGAAAAGAGCUCCAGAGUGGAGGGAAAUGAAGCUGUGGGGAGGAGCCCUGGAGCCCAAAGCGCUGUGGUGGCUCCCAGCAAGGCUGGAAGGGGCAGCAAUGCCCCCACAGAGGGCACAAACCAAGCCCUCAGGAACCUCCCCUUGCAAUGGCAGUCCUGUGAGGAACACAGACAUAUCAGGCUCCCCAGGGAGGCUGUGAAACACCAACCCCAAGGGAUCCAUUCUCCUCCCCCUGGACUUUCAUUAAGGAAAGAUGGCGCCAAGCCCAGCGCCUCAGGAAGCUGCAGCAGAGGAAACAGUGCAGCUCCUCAGAGACAGAAAGAGUCUGAGAAAGAAAACCUUGAGCAGCCUUCAAAGAGGAGGGCAAACCUUAAAAAACCUCACCCUUACAGCCCUGAAAGCGUUCGGGAAUUUAUGUAUCGGAAAAAGGCAGAGAGAAAGAGAAAACUCCUCAAAGAGAAAAAGGCUCUGGCACAGGCUGAGGAGAUGAAAAGGAAGAGGUUGCAAGAAUUGUACAGGAGACAAAAAGAAGCUAUUGGGAAGAAAUUGUGUCCUGAUGAGAUGCACAAACCCCUAGGGAAAAUGGGUUCUGCCAAAGGAAAUCCUCAGAAUGAAUUGGAUCAAAGGCAAAGCAACGGGGGAGAACUGGAAAGGAAUUUCAUGGCCUGGGUGGAUGAAACAUCCUCUCCUCUGUCACCAGAAGAUCACAGAGGCAGGAAUCAACUCCUAGAAACAGCUCAAUCACCUAAAAAAGGAGAAGCAUCAGGUCCUGCAGCACCACUGGAAUCUGAAUGCUGGUUUCUCAGUCCUCUGAAAUGUGAAGACUUGAGGGACUGCUCUCCCCCAGCUCUGCAUUCACCUCCUCUGAGCUUUUCUGUUCCUCAGAAAGAUGCAAAACCUCCCUCCAAGGACUCAUCUGUUGGACUUUCUCCACAGAGAAGCAAACAGGAUCAAGUGAGGGCCAUUCAGAGUCUGUCCAGGGAACUUGCAGAAAAGAUUGACGUGGCAAGGAAGAGGCUGAGUGCAGCCAGCUGGGCUAAAGCCUCUGCUGACAAACAAUCCACAGGGACAGCUCUGGGCCUGCACAGUGGUCCUCCCUCUGCCCCAGCACCUGAGGCUUCCAGGGACAGGCAAGAGAGGACAAAGACUGCACAAAUGCCUCUGGACAGAGAUCCUGAAGGGCUUUGUGUGACACCCAGCAGGGAAUGCCAUGGGCUGGGCAGGACUGGCCUGCUGGGCACACAGGGGGAAAUGCCAGCUCCUCUGCCAGGUGGGAAUGCUGAGAGGGACGAAUUGCCCUGGAUCACUCCCUGUGCAGGACAGAGUCACCUCAGCUCUGCAGGAGAGCUGAGCAGCACCUUGCAAGGUUUCCCUGUGAAUAAGGGCUCCAAGGUGGACAUAAGUCUAUGGCAUGAAAGGCCAAUAACCAGCCCAGCCUCUCCAGCUCACAGAUUCCUCACUAGAAGCCCGCAGGGAGAGCUCACGGCACGGAGGGAUCAGUGUGGAUGUGAGACUGUUCUGAAAGUUCAGAACCAAGAGCAAAUGGCCAGCCCAUCUCCUGGAGAGAGCCUGAGCAUCUGGGACAGCCUGAGCUUCCAGCCCUCUGCCACUCUGAGCACUGAGCAGCACUUGGGUGAGGGAGAUUUUGGUGGCACAGAGCUGGAGGACAAACACAGGAGACACCUGGACAUUUUGAGUCAAACCUCCUUACUACUGGCUCACAAACUGAAGCUCCAGCAGCAGCAGCACAAACAUCGGCUUCUGGUGCUGAGGGAGAAGGCAAAGCAAGAGGUUGAGGAAAGCCACAGGUUUUUGAGGGGCCUGCUGCAGCUCAGUUCUGAGGCCAGCAGGAAUUCCAAAGGCAGUGCUCCUCCUGUGACAGGACCUGACCACAUAGAGCAGACACACAGAGGACACUGGCUGGAAGGUGACCUUGCUGCUGGCAGCUACAGGAGUAAUCAAGAGACGGGUUCACUGAGACACUCUGCAUUGAAGAUAGAAAGAGAUCCCAAUCCAGUGGAUCCCAAAAUACUGGGAGAAAGAAAACCUUUAGGAGGAGGAGGUUCAUGUUGCCCAGUGCUUCAAGGAGCAGAUCACAGGCACAGCCAUCACACCUCGAAUCUUUUGUCAUCUUGGGUGAAUCUGUCCCAUGGGGAGACCUGGGACAGCUCUGGGGACAGCAGUGACCAGGCCAGCUCCAACAGCCAGCGGAGUGCAGCCAUUCCACGCUUUGGAUGCUCCAGCACCUUCCAUGGUUGCAGCCUGGCCGUGGUGGAGCAGUGCCUGAGGGCAGAGGAGCUGCGGGCUCGGCACCAGGCAGUGCUGCUGCAGCUCCGGAGGAAAGCUCUGAGGGAGAGGGCCAGGGCCGAGCUGGCCUGGCUGGGCCACCGCAGACGUGUUCUGGAAAACCUGCAGGAUAGCACAGGAGCCUCUGCCAUGGCAGCAAAGCAGCACAAAGUCCUGAUGGAGCUGAAAUGGGAGCAGGCAGAAAUCCAGCACCUGAGAAACAUCCACAGGGCAGUCCAUCAAGAGAGGAAGCUUUUAUUAAAGCAGCAGAGAGAAAUCUUAAUGAUGCAGCAUUCAACAGCACAACUCCAGGAAAAGCUGCACAGUUUGGCUGGAGAGCAGGAGGUUGUGAAGUCAGGGAGUAAAGACAAUUGUGUCCAGCUAAAGCAUAAAAAGAGCAGGAAAUAUGAGGGCUUUUCUACUGAGAACAAGGAAUCACUGGUACAACACCAGAAACAGGGGGAGGAGUUGCCAGGUUUGGAGCAGUCCCUUAAUGCUCAGGAUGAUGUUUUCUUACCUCUGGAACCUACAAAUUCAGCUGGAAUGGAACCUAAAGCCACACUUGUAACAAGAAAAGGCCAGAAGUGUGUAUUUCUGGAAUCUGUGCUGGAGGAAAAGGCACUUCUUUCAAAUCCUGAUCCUAAACAUAAUGAAGAUAUUAAUCCAUGUGGCAGAAAGAACCCAGGGAAAGGCUUGGGGAUGCUUCCUACUUGGUGUAACUUAUGCCUGGUUCAGGAGGAAAACACUCUUGAAGGAACAGUUAAAGAAGUGGAAGUGCCUGUCCCUUCUGAGAUCCAUCAGGUGGAUGCCAGUCAGUGCUUGAAGCAUUUGGACCAUGUUUCUCAUGAAGCUUCUGAUGAACAAAAUUUAGAAGGAUUUUCUGAGGGAUUAACUUCCACUGAAUCAUUGUCCAGGUCAAAUAACUCCUUUUUGCAAUGUGAAGGUGCCAAAUCAGACUCUUCUCACUCAGGAUUUCAGAAAGUGUCUGCAGUUCGGAUCAGCUUCUCAAAAAGUUCCAUUUCAGACCCAGAAUUAGAGCUGAAGCAUGGAGAGGACACAGAUGUCAGUGUCCCAGAGGAGUUUGGCUGUGACAGUGGUGAUGUGUUUAAUAUCUCAAAAGAGAUGCCAAUAGCAAUAAGCAAUGGAAAGGAAACAUCACCUAGUGACAAACACAAUGAACGUGAGCUGCCUGAAGAUGACAGAGCUGAGACUUCAUCUCUCUCCCAGAAAUACCCUGGAGAUGUGUUGGGUCAUGGCUGCACUGACCACCUGCUUUCCUUCAUCCCAGCAGACAAAGCAAAUGCCUCCAGAGCUGAGUCAGCACAUUGCUCCCAGUCUGAAAACCCUUCUGAGGGAGUGGAUGAGCCACACCUGGGUGCCUCCCAAAGCUGCAGCAGACACAAGCCCUGUUCUCAGGAGAUGCCCACACUGGGAAAUGAGGCAGCUGCCAGCCCUUCAUGCACUGAUGCAACCUCCAGUAGUGAUAAGGGGCUCCCUCCAGCUGAUGAGGAUACCUUGUCAGAAGUGCUGUGUCCUCUGGGUGAAGUAUUGUCCUCUGGAAGUGCUGACUUGCCACCCUCUAACAAAAAGGAUUUGUCAUUUCCAGGUGAAGAUCUUCCUCCUCCCCCUUUAGGUGCAGAUGCAAUGAAAAAUAGUGAUCCUGCCUCCAGCACAGAUGAUUUCACAUCUCCACUGGAACAAAUGACAGGCUCAGAGUCUGCUCAGGGCAUGGAUGAAAAUCUAUCACUGGAAAUGGAUGCAUUACCCCCAUUACCUGAUAACACUGUGCCUGAGGAAUCUCCCCUGCUCAGUACAGAGACAAGUGGUGCUUUUUCAACCAAUGAUGGUUGUCUCUCACAACAAUCUAUUACAGCUCUUUCCAGCUGUUUAUCAGAAAACCUGCAUGGAGAGCAGGAGAUGCCUUUGCAGCAUUUGGAGUUUCUGCCUGUGUCAAAUACAGAUUCUUCUGGUGGAAGUACAAGUCCUGAAUUCCCAAUGAAACAAUGCAAAAUGCGUGAAAAGCUGCCCAGUGCUGAGGAGGACAGUGAUGACCCAUUAUCAUCAUUUGAAAUUGGGGACAGAGCGGUGAUGAAGCAGAGCCAGCCUGGAACUCUGAUGUUCAAAGGCCAGACUCAUUUUGGCAGUGGCCACUGGGCUGGAGUUGCACUGGACAAAGCUGAAGGUGACAAUGCUGGAACUGAUGAAGGGGUGAAGUAUUUUGGGUGUGCUCAGCACUGUGGGGUCUUUGUCAGACCUGAUGAGAUUUCACACCUGUUUGGGGUUAACAAAAACAGCUCCAGUUGCAUGGGGAAUGAAGACUCUGACUCCUGUGAUGAUGAUGACUCCCUCAGAGGAGACUGCAAAUAUUCUGGAGAUGAUGAGCAGAGAGUGGGGUUUGCAGAGGAGAAAUCAGAAGACACAAACAGUGCAGGAGGUUCAGAAGUGAAAGAAAACCAGUCUGGGUUACACAGUGCCUUGCUGUGUGGAAAAGGGCAGAAGUUUCCCCAUUCCAACCAGUGUAACUGUAAUGAAUUCCUCUGUCAAAAGAACUUAACGUGCUUGGGAUCAGAUAAAGAAAAACCAGAACUGGCACAAAUAAAACAAACUACAUUUGCAGAUGCUCUUCCAAAGAAAAGCAAGACAGAUGAGGUAAACACAAGCAAAAAUAUUUGUUGCUUGGUAGAGGAUCAGAAAAGAAUUAAACUUGCUGAUGAUAUUGCAAGUGAACUCAGUAAAAAACUUCUGUUUGACAUUUUAAUUGCAUUUUCUGAAACAGCUCAACACAAAUAUAAAAGUGCCUUUGAAAAAGACAUGAUGAAUUAUGGCAAAGGCCUGAGGCAAGAAGACAAUCAGAAACCAUUUCCCCUCAAAGAAAAUUCAGCUGCUGCCUUAUCUGAGCCAUCAGCAAAGGUUUCUGAUGUUUCACUGGGUGAUUUUGAUAUGCUUUGCAUUCAUGGUUGUCACACAGUAACAGACAGAAUUGUAACUAAAUUUAUAGAUGAUGCAGUUAAAGAAUAUAAGAAGAUUAAAAGAAAACACAGAUCAAAAGCAGACAAGAUACUUCAUUUAUCUCCAGAGACUUCUCCAACCACUUUGCCUCUCCUUUUAAAAAUCCUUGAUGCUGGUGUUUUUGGAAGCUCUGAAGAUUUUGAUCAGCCUAAUUCUGACCAAAACAUGCUGGUGAGACAGACACAAAAGCAAUACUUGUACAAAUUAGACCAGUGGCACUCAGCUCCUUGGAAGAAAACUGUGGAAGUUCCUCUUGUGAUACCACAUAACAGCUCUUAUGUUAAAAAUUUGUCUGCAUAUGCUGUGGAAGAAUUAUGGACCCCAGAGAACAUAAAAUCAAAUUUCAGGAACAUCAACGUGCCAAAGUACUUGGAAUACAGUGAUCUCCCAGGGAAUGAUUUGGAAGCAGAGAGCAAGAGGAUGUAUAAUCAGGUUAUAUUUGAUUUGAGCCAUGAGUUGCUGUGUGCAGAAUAUCGAGUGACUGCAAAGCCAAACGUCUUCCCAUGGAUGGAAAAUGUGGGAUCUCCCUCUUGCAGGCAUCUCUGCAGCAGGACAGAUGUCAGGGAUGUCAAGAUCCAAGAGCUUCGCAAAGAAGAAUCUCAGUGGACUUUCUAUGGUGAUGAUGAAUUAAGAGUGAAGAUGAGGAUGACUGAAGCCAUAUUUGAUAGCUUGAUCCUUGAUACAAUCAGAGUUCUUAAUAAGAUUUAUCUGAAAAAAGCCUCUUUGACAGGUGACUGUGCACCAUCUUUUCUCUUUUAAUCCACUGUGGAACUGGAUAAAAGGAGAUGGCUUCAGAGAGCUGGCACAGGGAAUGGCAGGACCUGGAGCCAGACAAUCAGGUUAAAUGUCUAUAAUUUUAUGCAAAUGAGGCAAAUACUGAUGUGAUGCACUUUAAAUUGGAGAUUUUUCUAUCAGCACCUUCAAUUCCUAACAAUAGAUGUGUGCCUGUAAUUGGGUUAUUUAUCAUGCAAUUCACAGGAGCCCAUUGAAUUUGUACAAUAUCUAAAUGUGGGGUGCUGAGAAUGUACUUUAACAGACAAAAGAGAGGAAAUCAAUACUCUUUUUGUAUUGGCAAAACUGGAAAAAAAGUCAAGAUUUUGACAAGGAAAUAGAAGCAUUUCCUCAGCCUGGUAAUUGUUCACAAUGCUAAUUGCUGUGGUCCCACCUAUUUUGUACUGAGAAAAUCAAAUUUUUGUUAGUUCUUUUUAAAAUAAAUGCUGUGCAAAUAUUUCGUACUGGAAUUCAGAAACUGUUUAUUAUUGAAUAAUUGAUUGUAAAGAGAUCAGAUUUUUUUCCAAUCCUAUUCAUUCAGAGUGUCUUUCAAUAAAAUUAAAAUCAGGAUCAAUAAAGAUAAAUUAUAGAUAAACUUAAGAUUUAAAAAGCAAUACUUGAAAAUCUGCUUGGGGAAUAGAAAGACAUUUUAUAUUUGUAUUUUUAAAUAGUGUUGGCUUAAUUGUUUUUUGUACUUGUUUUCU